CAACACAGAACGUAAACAGAACGCAUUCUACCACCAGUCGCGGCGCGGACUGGCCGGUAGCACGGCGAGAAAAAGAAAAAGAAAACAACUGUCAAAAUUCAAAAAAUGGCGGUCUCGUACGCUGUUUCCCGCGUUCUGCGACGUUCGUCGAAUUUGUUUUUCCAGAAGCGCUACGAAUCCACGAUGGCCAGUCUCACGAAGGAUGAGAUUCUGAUCUUGCUGCGGCCUCCUUUCACCAACUGGAGCAACAUCAUCAGGGAGGCGGAGAAAGUGGUCGGCUAUCCGACCUCUUUUAUGAACCUUCGGUGUCUCCUCAGCGAUGAGUUUGCUAACAUGGCGCUGUAUUUGCGGAAAUUGGUUGGCAGCAAUCAUCUCGUCAUGCAGACAGCCAAAAACGUCCUCUACGGAGACAGCAAGAACCUUCAACCCUGGGGCCUGAUCAUCCUGCUUCUUUCCAAGUCCAUCAAAUCUCAAGCACCGGCCCUGCAGACUAAGAAAGUCGAGGAAAGCCAACGAACGCUCGCAGAGUUGACCGAAAUGAUCCGCACAGGCCAUCUGAUCCACCGAGGAAUUGUCAACGUGCCCUUCCAAAAGAGGUCCAAAAACACAGAGUCAGCCAUCUUCGGGAAUAAGAUUGCUAUACUCCUUGGGGAUUAUCUUCUUGUCACAGCCAACGCCAUGCUGGCAAAUCUGAGGAACUCCGACGUGUCCUAUAUAAUAUCGACUGCACUCAAAGAUUUGUCUGAAGGAGAGUUCUUUGGGGAGCGCGACGAGCAAAAUAUGCCUCUGCCAGGGAAACCCAAGUUUGAGAAGGAGGAUGCUUUCUACACGACUUUCGAUACGACGACUAUCACCCCAGAUUCUGUACUUGGGAACCCAAAGAAGGAAUGGACGGCGAGGACGGUUUUCAACGGAGUGAGUCUGCUUGGUCGUGGAUGCCAAUCAGCUAUGGUGUUGGGGAGGCAGUCGCGAGACACACAGAACCUUGCGUACCUGUUUGGAUGUCAUCUCGGGCUUGCGUGGCAAGCCGCUACAGAACUACAGAAGCUCACAUCAGACUCAAAGGAGCAGUUUUGUCUAGCAAGCGCACCUGUGUUGUUCGCGUUAGACGGAAAUCCAGAUUUGUAUAAAAUCAUAGACCAAGCCAAAAAUGACGUUAAAGAUGUGGACUAUGAAGAUUUGAAGUUCAAUAUUCUGAAAACUGAUGCAAUUGAGAAAACUAAGAAGCUAUACAAAGAUCAUGCUGAAAAGGCGACGGUUUAUAUUGAAAAGUUAGGGCAGAAUGAAUCAGUUGAUAUGAUUAAGAAACUUAUUAAUACAUACUAAAAUAUAAAUUAACUUGCAAACUGGGUAUUAUAAUUGAAACUUAGGGGUUUCCAGACUAAACCGAUAGUUAUUUAUCAAAAAUUAAUAUCAAUAAGUAAGUUUCACACAUACCUAACUGCUCAAUUUUAGACUAAGUAUUUAUUAAAUUGAACCUUUGAAUUUUAAUAAAAUAUACUUACGUUGUAAAAUAUA